UAUGUAGGUUUUCUCCCCUCUGCAGCAUCAGAUCUACAGAUCUGAACCCGACAAAGACAAAAUCUUAUUUCUAAAGCGUCACACACAUAUGUAACGGGCGCAUAUCAGACAACAGCGCUGGUUUAUCUCCCACAGAGUGCACUUUGGCUCUGAGAGCAGCAAGUCAACACAUUAACACUCCUAUAUAAACAGCUGAGGCCCGCGGUGCAGCCGACUCCGUCGUCUUGUCACAACCUUUUCUGGACGGGAACAAUCUAAAGCAUCAUGAACAAGCUGCUGGUUGUUACUGUGCUUGUUGCCUUUCUUGCUCUCAGCGUCGAAAGCUUCCGUGUGCCAAGGCAGGCCGAGGAAGACGAGGGGACUCUGACCCAAAUCACGGGAGCCGUUAAGUCCUAUUACGACAGCGCUGUCAACACCGUCAGCGGCUACGUGGAAAGCAUCAAAGAUCUGAAGCUGGAAGAGAAAGCAAAAAACCUUUACCAUGAAACGACCACAGUUUUGGGCACCUACGCCGGCAUUGCGCACGACCAGCUUUACCACUUUUUUCACCAUUAAUGUUCUGAACUUCCUCAGCUCCGUUGUCUGACCGUUAAAGACCAUUCAAAGGCCCAAACAGCGACAUGAAUCCAAGAAACUUUGACGCAGGACAGCUCAGAUCCAUGGACUAUCAUAUCUUACCUGCUGAAGAUCACCAUUUGAGUAUUUGAGUGGAGAAAAAUGGUUUUGUUUCUAACUGGAUUGAUAAGCUAAAGGCUAGUUGCAGUUUGCCAUCUUAAAACAACUUUAUCUGAAAUGUUCCUUAGUGAUUCAGGCAAAUUCUUCCUUAUCUACCUUUACACUGAUGUAAAGUAUGCAUUAUAUGAUCAUUCUAGCAGAAAUUUUAUGAAAUUACACCUGGAAGGGAAGCUAGUGGAUUUAGCUAUGCUGCUAAGCUAAGCUAAGCUAGGCUAAAACAACUAACAAAGUUAACACAAUAUGUGCAGUUCUUAUCGGACUCUAAAAAUAAGCAUUAUUGUUUUAUCUUAUUGGCAGAUAUAUAUGCUAGCUAGCUAGCUAGCUUACCUAUAGUUUUUCUGUAACCAUAGAAGAACCAUGAAACAAAACUAAUUACAUUAGUGUAAAGUUGAUUAAAUAGCUUGGAUUAAUUUUGUAGAGAGCAGAGUUGUUUAAUGACAGCAGUAACAUGAUUCACUGUUACUAGUGGUUAGCUCAUCAAUCUGAUCAAAGUUAAUCUGUUUCUCUAAAGCAAGUUGGUCAAACCAUCAUUUCCUUUGGAUAAAUUGUUAAAAUGUCUGUAACUUUUGCACAGAAACCCACUAAAACCACCUCAAACAGCAGCUACAGACGUGAUGAACGCUCUACUCUUUAUGGUAGUUUCUCAGGAGGGGUGGGGCCUCAACUAAACACUCAACUUCCUCCUUAAAAACAUCUCUAGCACCAGCUACUGGUGAUUUGUUUCUUCAUCGUUGCUUCAGCCGUUCACACAGAGUACAUUUACAUAUUUGUGUCACAUCAUAAAAUAAAGUAUUUAUACACAAAA